UUGAACUGAUAGUCAGUUUUCUAAGAUGAUUGUUGAUUACGACCAGAACGAUGAAAGAAAACAUCAUGAGGUCGAAGAUAGCGAAAAUUCUAUUCUAAUACCAAAGGAUGCCGCUAAUAUCGAAGUUAGUUUCAAAGUCAUGCGCGGGCCUGGUGUUUGGUGUGAUGUAAAAAAGUACGACCGUUUCGAAAAAUGUUGGGAAAAACCAACCAAGCCUCAUAUCUUCAAGUACAGAUCACCAGUGAGUCGCACGUACACUUUGGAUGGAGGCUUGUAUUAUGAAGCUGUGAUGAAGAUCACGGAUGAACAUUUUGAUGAUGUGAGCGAAGUUUGAAAGGAUUUACCAGACUAAUUAAGAAAUAGGAUUUGACGAAAUUAAGAAUGUCACAGUUGAUAAAAAAGAUAGCUGAUCUCCGUAAUUAGUUACGAUGACUUUUUACACUUUAAGGUAACCACCUAGCACACAAACUAGCUGUGAACGAGUCCUUUAGUCUUAUAGGCAAUUCUCAUUAUAAAGUUUAUCUCACAGCAAUUUCUUUCACAGGUAUAUUAUACCUUGUAGAACGAGACAGUCAUUUCAUACACAAUAUUGCAUUGUCUGUAAUAUAAUCUAUAAACACUGCAAUAAACACUGCAGGAUGGUUAUGUGUUGUGACAACCCUUCUGACUGCUGAUUGGCUAAAAUAUGAGCGCGAGAUCACCUGGAAACUAGUAUGAAACUGAAAGUGAUAUAUAAUUUCAACAAACAUUGAAAUUUUAAUAUUUCUUAAUUUGACCAACAUAUGCCGCAAAGCAUACUGUAGACAAUGGAAAUCUAUAUUUGGUGAAAAAGACUCUGAUCCUUUAUUUGAAUGUUGACAACUUGAACAAACAAGACUCUGUCGGAGCUGGACGUCACGGCGUUUGCAUUCAAAUACUGUUGAGACUUGGUUAACACAACAAAGCCACUGCUUAAAUCUGGUUUGAAAAGGUUGAUCAACACAGCGGCUAUAACGUCAUCUCAGCUUAUGGCUCUCUUUAUUCGAUUUCGUUCACAUAUACGCCCACUAUACUCAGUAUACUGCAUUUGCUGAUUGCGACGUCGUUGUUUUACUAAAACAUCUUCCAGAUAAAAGCAAAAGACGUGGUAAAAGUGUUGUUCGUCGCAAGUAUGGGGUCAUUUUAUUUUCGACGACGUUGGUCAACACAACAGCUGUAAUAUUUGUAUAAAAACAAGCUUGCAUAUAUAGAUUGUGAUUUUUCACAAAAACCAACGCAAUUUAAGCAAACGUUAUAGUGAAAUUGUCGGCGUUAAUAUGCUUGACAAUAUAACAAUGUAUACGAGUAGUUUUACUUUCACUUUGACAUACGCUGGGGGUGUUGUUAGGGCAUCAUGCAGAGCAAUUCUCAAUAAUAUUUGCAUAUAUGCAUGAUUCCAUGAAGUAUGUAAUUAGUUUCUUUUUAGCCUUUAGGUAUGAAAUAUUAAUAUAUAACUGCAAAUUUUAUAUAUAGUUUGUGUAUAUCUGUAUGCAGAAUGACACUGAUGACAAGUCAAAAAUCAGCAAGUUAAUUCUAUAUUUUGAACAACACUGUUGAGGACAUAUUCGUAUAGGAUCAACUAUGGCAGAUGAAGCAAAAAACAAACAACAUACAUAUUGAUUCCAUAUCAUGGCCGAGGGUGAAAAAUUGAUCAAGUCGAUCCUGGUUUGCAACAGAUCUGCCCAUGACGUCACGUUGUAUAUCCCUAAAAAAUUUACUAAACGCCAUUUUUUAUCUGAGAGUAUAAUUGUUGAUCGAGGUGAAAGUUACCUGUUCCAAAGUGAAGAAGUCUUUCGAUUUGAGCUCACAGCUCGCGUUGAUGGGAAAAAUAUGAAAACUAUCGAGCCUAUAAGGAUGUGGGAAAAAGAUAUUAUGCUUUGUGUCAGUGGUAAUCAUGAACCAAAGGUGGACGAUAAAGAGAUAGAGCUAAAAGAUAAGCAAAUUUGUAUGCGGCGACAAAACAUGAAAAAAGAUGUUUCUGCGUCUGGAACAAAGAACCUGUACCAAGUCCUGGGGCUCACUAUGAAAGAAAUGCGCAUGAACUCCUUUGAAGAACAAAACCGUAUCAUAAAGGAAGCUUAUCAUUCCCAACUGCGGCGUUGGCAUCCUGACAAAAAUCCUGAGAAUGGUGACAACGCAAUAUGCCAAGAAAUCAUCAAUGCCUACAGUAUUCUUAAAGAUCCAAACACGCGUGCUGCGUAUAAUAAUAUCGUAGAUUUCGACGAAGGAGGCUUGUCACAGGUGAAAGCUUUAUUCAAGCCUAAAUCGUACCGCCCUGAUCGAGCGAGACCAUUUAAAAGAAGAUGGAAUAAAAAAAGAAUAGGAUUGUCGUUUUUAUCAGUUCUUUUCGUAGCAGGAGGCGCUGGUUUAACAUUCCUAACUGCCGGAAUGGCCGCACCCGCAGUACUUGGGGUGGUAACCGCAUCCCUCAUGGGAGCAGGGAUCUCAAGUGGCUUGCGGACAAUAACCCGACAAUCGGUAGAACAUGGUUGCUCUUUUCGUGACUACCUCAUAAGUUUGGUCGUUGGUGCUGUUGGUGGAGCAGUCAUAGGAGCAGGGAUCGCUGGGAUCGCAGGGAUUUUGGGUGGAGCAGCAAAGCUUGCGUUUAAAGCCGCUCAACUUUCUCUCGAAAAGCAAAUUUCUAUGAGGAUGGUUACCACAGCUUUUCGUGGCUUCAUCACAUCUCUUACGAAUAAUCUGGACGCAAUCCUUGCAGGUGGACCGAAAACUACUUGGAAACAAUUUAUCUUACAUAUUUUAUUUGAUGCUUUGCUGGGAGGGAUUGCUGGUGUACCUGGAGGACUGACAGAAAACAUGCUCCAAGACGUGGUUACUGCGGAGGAAGCACUAUCAGCGAUUGAAACAAUUUCCACUGAUGCACGAAACAGUGUUGAAGAACUAACAACAAUAGCAACGAAAACUUUCACUGAUGUUCUCGAGGAGAGGCUUAAUCACGACGUGGAAAAUAAAGCUAUUGUGAGUCACAUAAAAUGUGCUGCUAAGAAAGCUGCAAUGGCUGUUGGGAAGAAUUCAGCAAUAUUUGUAGCUAAAGCCGCGAAGAAAGGUUUCGAGGGGGGAAAGACGACGAGAAUAAAUGACGAAUCUAACAACCAGAAUGAAGAAAAUGAAGAAAAUGAAGAAAACAUAGUAAAUCCAACACCAGACGUAAAGGGUCCCCAUAAUACAGCAAAAUCUGCAAAAUUCGGCAGAAAAGAAGGAAUCGAUGCAACAGCAAGCAAUGGUGUUGGUAAAGAAGGUGAUGAUUCUAAUAAUGAAACAAAAGAAGCGAAUGGCGAAGGAAAAGUGAAACAUUUCGGACUGAAAUAUAUUUCUGAAGGAAGCUGGUUGUCCAAGAUGCUUGUUGAUUAUGAAAAGGACGGUGAAAAGAAACACUGCGAGGGAAAAGGCAGUGGAAGUUUGAUUUGGAUUCCAAGCAAUGCAACCAACAUUAAAGUUCGCUUUCAAGUCAUGCGCGGGCCUGGUGUUUGGUGUGACGUGAAAAAGUACAACUUUGCUGAUGAUCAUUGGGAAAAACCAAUCCAGACUCAUAUUUUCGAGUACAACAAACCAAGGAGUCUCACGUAUACUUUGGCUGGAAAAUUGUAUCAUGAAGUUGUAAAGAACGUUAGUUUAGAACGUUAUGAUAAUAUAGAUGAUAAUCAUCUACCAAAAUACAAUACCUUGACUGAAUAUCAUCUUGGCACAAUGAAACAAACUCUAUCUUCUCAUGAGGAAAAAACAAGUGAUAAUUGGGACCCCACGAAGCAAACUCUAUCUUCUCAUGGGGAGAAAACAAGUGAUACUGAUGGCCCGGUGAAACAAACUCUAUCUUCUGACGAGGAAAGUGCAAGUGAUAAUGAUAAGUUGACGAAACCUGGGAAACUAAAGUAUAUUUCUAAAGAAAAUUGGUUAUCCAAGAUGCUUGUUGACUAUGAAGAGAACGGUGAAGAGAAACAUGUUCAAGUUAAGGGAAGUGGAAGUUUGAUUGUGAUACCAGACAAUGCUACUAAAAUCAAAGUUAGAUUUCAAGUCAUGCGCGCUCCUGGUGUUUGGUCUGAUGUGAAAGAGUACGACCGUUUCAAAAAAAGUUGGAUAAAACCAACCAAGCCUCAUAUUUUCGUGUACGACAAACCAGUGAGUUGCACUUACACUUUGGCUGGAAAAUUGUGUUAUGAAGCUGUGAUGAAAGUCUCUAGAGAUGAUGAUAUAGACGAACGAAUUGAACAAAAGUAUUUCUGUAAUGGAGGCUGGUCUUCCAAGAUGCUUGUUGAUUAUGAAGAGGAUGGUAAAGUAAAAUUUCAUCAGGCUCAUGGUAGUGGAAGCUCGAUUGUGUUACCAAACAAUGCUACCAAUAUCAACGUUAGAUUUCAAGUCAUGCGCUUUCCUGGUAUUUGGUCUGAUGUGAAAGAGUACGACCGUUUCAAGAAAUGUUGGGUAGAACCAACCAAGCCUCAUAUUUUCAAGUACGGAAAACCAGCCAGUUGCACGUACACUUUGACUGGAGGCUUGAAUGAUGCAGCCGUAACGAAAGUCUCUGGAGAUGAUAUAAUAGACGAACGAAUUAGAUUAAACUAUAUUACUGGAGAAAGUUGGUCUUCCAAGAUGCUUGUUGAUUAUAAUGUAAACGAUAAAAAGAAACAUCGCGAGAGUUAUGGAAGUGGAAGUUCGAUUUGCUUACCAACUAAUGCUACCCAAAUCAAAGUGAGAUUCCAGGUCAUGCGUGCUCCUGGUGUUUGGUCUGAUGUGAAAGAAUACGACCGUUUCAAGAAAUGUUGGGUAAAACCAACCAGGACUCAUAUUUUUGAGUAUAACACACCAGUGAGUUGCACGUAUACUUUGGAUGGGAACCUGUAUUAUGAAAAAGUGACGAAAGUCUUUGGAGAUGAUAUAAUAGACGAACGAAUAAGAUUAAGGUAUAUUUCUAGAGAAAGUUGGUCUUCCAAGAUGCUUGUUGAUUAUGAAGAGAACGGUGAAGAGAAACAUCACGAGGCUCAUGGUAGAGGAAGUUCAAUUUUGAUACCAACCAAUGCUACCAAAAUCCAAGUUAGAUUCCAGGUCAUGCGUUUUCCUGGUGUUUGGUCUGAUGUGAAAGAAUACGACCGUUUCACGAAAUGUUGGAUAAAACCAACCAGGACUCAUAUUUUUGAGUACGACACACCAGUGAGUUGCACGUAUACUUUGGGUGGAAACUUGCAUUAUGAAGCUGUGAUGAAAGUUUCUGGAGAUGAUGAUGUUGAAGAAAAAAUUAAAUUACAGUAUUUUUCUGAAGGAAGUUGGUUUUCCAAGAUGGUUGUUGAUUAUGAAGAGAACGGUGAAAAGAGACUUGACGAGGCUCAUGGUAGUGGAAGUUCGAUUUGGUUACCAACCAAUGCUACCAAAAUCAAAGUUAAAUUUCAAGUCAUGCGUUUUCCUGGUGUUUGGUCUGAUGUGAAAGAAUACGACCGUUUCAAAAAAUGUUGGGUAAAACCAACCAGGACUCAUAUUUUUGAGUACGACACACCAGUGAGUUGCACGUAUACUUUGGAUGGAAACCUGUGUUAUGAAAAAGUGACGAAAGUCUCUGGAGAUGAUAUAAUAGACAAACGAAUAAGAUUAAAGUAUAUUUCUAGAGAAAGUUGGUCUUCCAAGAUGCUUGUUGAUUAUGAAGAGAACGGUAAACUGGAAAAUGGCGAGGCUCAUGGUGGAGGAAGUUCAAUUUUGAUACCAACCAAUGCCACCAAAAUCCAAGUUAGAUUCCAGGUCAUGCGUUUUCCUGGUGUUUGGUCUGAUGUGAAAGAAUACGACCGUUUCAAGAAAUGUUGGGUAAAACCAACCAGGACUCAUAUUUUUCAGUACGACACACCAGUGAGUUGCACGUAUACUUUGGAUGGAAACCUGUGUUAUGAAAAAGUGACGAAAGUCUCUGGAGAUGAUAUAAUAGACAAACGAAUAAGAUUAAAGUAUAUUUCUAGAGAAAGUUGGUCUUCCAAGAUGCUUAUUGAUUAUGAAGAGAACGGUAAACCGAAAAAUGACGAGGCUCAUGGUGGAGGAAGUUCAAUUUUGAUACCAACCAAUGCCACCAAAAUCCAAGUUAGAUUCCAGGUCAUGCGUUUUCCUGGUGUUUGGUCUGAUGUGAAAGAAUACGACCGUUUCAAGAAAUGUUGGGUAAAACCAACCAGGACUCAUAUUUUUGAGUACGACACACCAGUGAGUUGCACGUAUACUUUGGGUGGAAACUUGCAUUAUGAAGCUGUGAUGAAAGUUUCUGGAGAUGAUAAUGUUGAAGACAAAAUUAAAUUACAGUAUUUUUCUGAAGGAAGUUGGUUUUCCAAGAUGCUUGUUGAUUAUUAUGAAGAGAACGGUGAAGAGAAACAUCACAACGAGGGUUAUGGUAGUGGAAGUUUGAUUGUGUUACCAACUAAUGCUACCAAUAUCAAAGUGAGAUUUCAGGUCAUGCGCUCUCCUGGUAUUUGGUCUGAUGUGAAAGAAUACGACCGUUUCAAAAAAGGUUGGGUAAAACCAAGCAAGCCUCAUAUUUUUGAGUAUGACACACCAGUUAGUUGCACGUAUACUUUGGAUGGAAACCUGUAUUAUGAAAAAGUGACGAAAGUCUCUGGAGAUGAUAUAAUAGACGAACGAAUAAGAUUAAAGUAUAUUUCUAGAGAAAGUUGGUCUACCAAGAUGCUUGUUGAUUACGAAGAGAACGGUGAACCGAAAAAUUACGAGGGCGAAGGUAGUGGAAGUUCAAUUUUGAUACCAACCAAUGCCACCAAUAUUAAAGUUAGAUUUCAGGUCAUGCGCGCUCCUGGUAUUUGGUGUGACGUAAAAAAGUACGACUGUUUCAAGAAAUUUUGGGUAACAGUAAAGCAGCCUCAUAUUUUCACGUACGACACACCUGUGAGUUGCACGUACACUUUGGAUAGAAACGUGAAUCAUGUAGCCGUAACGAACGUCUCUGGAGAUGAUGAUAUGGGCGAACAAAUUACAUUCAAGUAUAUUUCAAAAGGAAGUUGGUCUUCCAAAAUGCUUGUUGAAUAUCAAGUGAACGAUGAAAAGAAACAUAACGAGGGUCAUGGUAGUGGAAGUUGGAUUUUGAUUCCAACCAAUGCCACUAAUAUCGAAGUUAGAUUUCAAGUCAUGCGCGCUCCUGGUGUUUGGUGUGAUGUGAAAGAAUACGACCGUUUCAAAAAAUGUUGGGUAGAACCGACCAAACCUCAAAUUUUCAAGUACAACACACCAGUGAGUUGCACGUACACUUUGGAUGGAAACUUUUGUUAUGAAGCUGUGACGAAAGUCUCUGGAGAUGAUAUAAUAGACGAACGAAUAAGAUUAAAGUAUAUUACUGGAGAAAGUUGGUCUUCCAGGAUGCUUGUUGAUUAUGAAGAGAACGGUAAAAAGAAACAUCGCGAGAGUCAUGGUAGUGGAAGUUCGAUUUGCUUACCAGACAAUGCUACCAACAUCGAAGUUAAAUUUCAAGUCAUGCGCGCUCCUGGUGUUUGGUCUGAUGUGAAAGAAUACGACCGUUUCAAAAAAUUUUGGUUAAAACCAACCAGGCCUCAUAUUUUCAAGUACGACACACCAGUCAGUUGCACGUACACUUUGGCUGGAAAAUUGUGUUAUGGAGCUGUGAUGAAAGUCACUAGAGAUGACGAUAUAGACGAACGAAUUGAACAAAAGUAUUUCUGUAAUAGAGGCUGGUCUUCCAAGAUGCUUGUUAAUUAUGAAGAGGACGGUGAAGUAAAAUUUCAUGAGGCUCAUGGUAGUGGAAGCUCGAUUAUGUUACCAAACAAUGCUACCAAUAUCAACGUUAGAUUUGAAGUCAUGCGCCCUCCUGGUAUUUGGUCUGAUGUGAAAGAGUACGACCGUUUCAAGAAAUGUUGGGUAGAACCAACCCAGCCUCAUAUUUUCAAGUACGACACACCAGUGAGUUGCACGUACACUUUGGAUGGAAACCUGUAUUAUGAAGCUGUGAUGAAGGUCACAGGAGAUGAUAGAAUAGACGAACGAAUUAGAUUAAACUAUAUUUCUGGAGAAAGUUGGUCUUGCAAGAUGCUUGUUGAUUAUAAAGUGAACGGUGAAGAGGAACAUCUCGAGAAUUAUGGUAGUGGGAGUUCGAUUUGCUUACCAGACAAUGCUACCCAAAUCAAAGUGAGAUUCCAGGUCAUGCGUGCUCCUGGUGUUUGGUCUGAUGUGAAAGAAUACGACCGUUUCAAGAAAUGUUGGGUAAAACCAACCAAGCCUCAUAUUUUUGAGUACGACACACCAGUGAGUUGCACGUACACUUUGGAUGGAAACUUGUAUUUUGAAAAAGUGACGAAAGUCUCGGGAGAUGAUAUAAUAGACGAACGAAUAAGAUUAAAGUAUAUUUCUAGAGAAAGUUGGUCUUCCAAGAUGCUUGUUGAUUAUGAAGAGAACGGUAAAAAGAAACAUAAUGAGGGUCAUGGUAGUGGAAGUUCAAUUUUGAUACCAACCAAUGCCACCAAAAUCCAAGUUAGAUUUCAAGUCAAGUGCGCUCCUGGUGUUUGGUCUGAUGUGAAAGAAUACGACCGUUUCAAGAAAUGUUGGGUAGAACCAACCAAGCCCCAUAUUUUCACGUACGACAAACCAGUGAGUUGCACGUACACUUUGGAUAGAAACUUGAAUGAUGCAGCCGUAACGAACGUCUCUGGAGAUGAUGAUAUGGGCGAACAAAUUACAUUCAAGUAUAUUUCAAAAGGAAGUUGGUCUUCCAAGAUGCUUGUUGAUUAUAAAGUGAACGAUGAAAAGAAACAUAACGAGGGUCAUGGUAGUGGAAGUUGGAUUUUGAUUCCAACCAAUGCCACUAAUAUCGAAGUUAGAUUUCAGGUCAUGCGCGCUCCUGGUGUUUGGUCUGAUGUGAAAGAAUACGACCGUUUCAAGAAAUGUUGGGUAAAACCAACCAAGCCUCAUAUUUUCAUGUACAACACACCACUGAGUUGCACGUACACUUUGGAUGGAAACCUAUAUUAUGAAGCUGUGACGAAAGUCUCUGGAGAUGAUGAUGUUGAAGAAAAAAUUAAACUACAGUAUUUUUCUAAAGGAAGUUGGUGCUCCAAGAUGCUCGUUGAUUAUGAAGAGAACGGUCAAAAGAGACAUAACGAGGGUCAUGGUAGUGGAAGUUCGAUUUUGAUUCCAACCAAUGCCACUAAUAUCGAAGUUAAAUUUCAGGUCAUGCGCGCUCCUGGUGUUUGGUGUGAUGUGAAAGAAUACGAUCGUUUCAGAAGAUGUUGGGUAGAACCAACCAAGACUCAUAUUUUCAAGUACGGCAAACCAGUGAGCUGCACGUACACUUUGGAUGGAAACCUGUAUUAUGAAGCUGUGAUGAAAGUCUCUGGAGAUGAUAUAAUAGACGAACGAAUUAGAUUAAAGUACAUUACUGGAGAAAGUUGGUCUUCAAAGAUGCUUGUUGAUUAUGAAGAGAACGGUGAAAAGAAAUAUGACAAGAGUCAUGGUAGUGGAAGUUCGAUAUGCUUACCAAACAAUGCUACCAACAUCGAAGUUAGAUUUCAAGUCAUGCGUGCUCCUGGUGUUUGGUGUGAUGUGAAAGAAUACGACCGUUUCAAAAAAUGUUGGGUAAAACCAACAAAGACUCAUAUUUUCAAGUACGACACACCAGUGAGUUGCACGUACACUUUGGCUGGAAACUUGUAUUAUGAAAAAGUAAAAAGGGCCUCCACAGAUGAUUAUAAUGAAGACAAACAAAAGAACCUAAAGUAUAUUUCUAAGGGAAGUUGGUCGUCCAAGAUGCUCGUUUAUUAUGAAUUCGAAGAGGGUAGUGAAAAGAAACCUCACGAGGCUCAUGGUACUGGAAGUUCGAUUUGGUUACCAAACAACGCUACCAACAUCAAAGUUAAAUUUCAGGUCAUGCGUUUUCCUGGUGUUUGGUGUUAUGUGAAAGAAUACGACCGUUUCAAAAAAUGUUGGGUAAAACCAACCAAGACUCAUAUUUUUGAGUACGACACACCAAUGAGUUGCACGUAUACUUUGGAUGGAAGCUUGUAUUAUGAAGCUGUGAUGAAGGUCACAGGAGAUGAUGAUAUACAGGAACGAAUUGGACUGAAGUAUAAUUUUAAAGGAAGUAGGUCUUCCAAAAUGCUCGUCGAUUAUGAAGAAGACGGUGAAGAGAAACAUCACAAGGGUGAAGGUAGUGGAAGUGUGAUUUGGAUACCCAACAAUGCCACGAAAAUCAAAGUCAGUUUUCAGGCACUAGACUCUUCUGGCAGUUGGUCUGAUGUAAAUGAGUACGAUCACGUUAAAAAAUGUUGGAUAGAACCAAUCCAGCCUCAUAUUUUUGAGUACGACACACCAAUCAGUUGCACCUACACUUUGUCUGAAAUCGAGCAAUGUAAAGUUGUCGUGAAGUUAGAGCAAGGUGAUGAUGAUAUAGACGAACGAGUUAGACUGAAGUAUAUUUCUGAAGGCAGUUGGUAUUCCAAGAUGCUUGUUGACUAUAAAGUGAACGGUAAAGAAAAAAAUGGCAAGGCUGAAGGUAGCGAAAGUUCGAUCAUGGUACCAAGCAAUGCUACCGAUAUCAAAGUUAAAUUUCAAGUAAUGCGCUCUCCUGGUGUUUGGUGUGAUGUGAAAGAAUACGAUCGUUUCAAGAAACGUUGGAUAAAACCAACCAAGACUCAUAUUUUUAAGUACGACACACCUGUGUGUCGCACGUAUACUUUGGCUGGAAAGUUAUAUUUUGAAAAAGUAAUCAAGAUCACGGGAGAACAUUAUGAAGAAAUAGCAGAUAAGUAGAUCCUCACAAUAUAUAGGUGGGAAUGACAUGAACUAGUAUUUAAACUUUUAGAGCAAGACGCAAGAAACUAUACUCAACGUGUUUGCAUUCUGCAAAUAAUAUCAUUACCAUUAAGUAAAAAAUAUCCGCAAAUAUAACGAUAAGAAAAACAUUUUUGCCAAGAAAGGCGUAGAUUCAACUCCUGGCGAAAGAUCUGUAGUUAAUAUGAAUAAUAUAAUCAUGACAUGCAGACAUAAUGCCUUUUCGCAUUACUUUAAGUCUUUUAGACAAGUAAAUGUAAUUACUUAACAGUCAAUUUCUUAAUAGACUAUGUCUAUAUAUAGGCGAAGUUAACGAGUUAACAUAUUAUGUAUUGCGAGCUCUUCUGAGUUGUUAGGCUGGUGAUUAGUCAAUUAAUUGCAAGGUGUGCGUUCUGUCCCAGCUCUCUGCUGCAAAACGUAUAUAAACAUAUGUAGUUAUUUUUACUGAAUGUGCAAACAAGCGUUUAAUCUAAGCGAAUGUAACAAUAACGUUUAUAAUCAACGCAAACUCGUCGUAGCAGUCAUCCUGCAUGUUGCGUUUUGCCAGCAUCAUGAUCAUUGUCGAGUCAAAUGGAGUGUGACGAGAUCAGCUCCUGAAAACCCGAGAGUUAUAGUAAUAUACAUUUAUAAUUAUUAAUAACGAAUUUAUUGUAGCCUGUCAUUUUAGAUGGCUCUUCUUCUACACUUGUAUCUAUACUGUAAUGGCCUUUUGCAUAAUAGACCAACAUAAAAAGUAUACAAAAUUGGCCCAACUUCGUCUGGCUAUAUUUUCAAUACUUUACAACAUUUCGCAGCCAAACUUGGUAAUUUAACUAAGUUUAUCUUAAGU